AUGGCUGCGGCGGACGACUCUUCCGAUCUGUCAUCACUGUCUUCUCUGUCUCCCGCGCCCUCGGACGACGAGAUUGAGAAGUCUAUUGCCACAGGUCCCAAGUCGAAGAAGGGCAUUCUCAAUUAUUUCCCCAAGGUAUCGGAGCUCCCACCUAGAGAGCCCUCGCCGCCUCCGCGCAAACGGUCGCCGUCGCCACCACACGAAUAUGUGUUGGCAGACAAUGCCGACAUUGCGUUCAUUGUUAUGUUUAGAAGCCGAUUCAACGAUGCGUUCCCGAAAUCUCUCGCACACUUUGGGCCUCAAGACAUUGAACGCGAUGUCGUUCAAACCGUUCCGGGCGACCGAGCAGAGCAUUUCCUAUGCGCCGUCCUCAGCCUGCUUCUGAAUCGAAAGCAGGACGUCAAACCGGGUCACUAUGGGAGGGCGCUUGAAGACGCAAUUGCUUCCCACAAGAACCAAUGGGCCUCCUCUUGGGAUGGCAAAAGCCCGCUCUCUGGAGGGAAGACUUUCAACACAAUGGACCCAACAGAAAGACUCACUCUACUUAAAACCCUUGUACUAUGGUCGCUUUCAUCUUCGGACACUGUUAAAGGUUUAAUCAACCAAUCCUACAAACAAAAUCGUCACGAGGACGACAUGAACCAACCUCGGUCGGUGCAACCCUGGGGCACAGAUGGCGACAGACGCCGGUAUUUCUUGAUUGAAGGCCAAGAUGACACAGCCUUCCGAGUCUAUCGCGAGAGCAAUUUUUCAGGUGCCCAACGGACUUGGUGGAGCGUCGCCGGUUCAAUCGAAGAGUUACAAUCGCUCGCUGAGAAGUUGGAGACAAAGGACGGUGGGCCUAAGGCACGAAAGUUUGCCCAGAAGAUCAGAGCAGCGCUCCCACGGUUCGAAGCCGGAGAAGAUAAACGCAAACGUCGCGAAUACAGACAGUUACAAAAAGAGCGAUUCAAGCGCCCGGAAGUUGGAUUUUCGUCGUACGAGGGCCGGACACGGGGGAAGCGCAUCAAAUACACGUACUCCGAUGAUGAGGAUAUUUUCCUCUCUGAUUCAACAGCGAACAGACGUUCUGCUCGCAAUACAGGCACCAAUACACCAGCCGAGACGGGUCCAGUGACAACCGCAAGCGGGCGCCAGAUUAGAGCACCAACUCGGCUCAAUAAUGCUGCCGGAGAGGGAAGCGCUCCAAGUAGUGUGAAGGGCGACACCCCGGAAUUCGACAAGGAAAACUCGCUGGGACAUGGCGGCCGGCCGAAGAGGUCGGCUGCGGUUCAUCACGGCCAUAACGGCUGGGCGGCUUCUGGAUCUCGCCGCGUGCGUGGUGAGACAGACGAGGAUGAGAGUGAAGCAUUUGGUGACGAUGAGGAUGAUGUCGACGCCCAUGUACCUGAAGAGUCAGAUGAUGACGACGACUUUGAUGAAGACGAAGCUAUGGUUGACGACGAUUUGGACGACCAACCACAGAGUCUUCUCAUUAAGCUCUCUGUUACGCCACCCAAGCUGCGAACAGCUCUCGAUCCAUUGGACGAAAAUCAAAAGACGAACGGCCAAGUUGUGCCUCGUCUUGAUCUAAACCCUAACACGCCUAAAUCUGUCCAGAUAGAGAUGAAGGAUGCGCUGGAUCAAGCACCGCUGCAAGACGAGGUUGAUGUGAAGGCGGCAGCUCCUAGCGAGACGAUCACAAUAACUCAGAAGUCGGCACCAACACAGCCAAUUCUAGAGUCGACGGCGACAAAGCAGCUAGAACAAGCUCCGCCCACUACAUCUCUAGCAUUCAGAGGGAGCCCUUGA